AGGGCCCUGCCUUGACAAUAAUGAAAUGGCAAUUAAUGAAAUGACGAAAAUAAUGACUGUCUUGUGUGCUUUUUAGGACAGAGUAUUCCAAGGAUGCUGCCUGUUUCUGCCUUAAGAGAGAAUUUAUCCCAGUGAAAAGGAGCGUCAAAGGUUUUAUGUGAGGACGGGACAAAGCAGCAUCAGCCUGGUUCAUCUGGCUGCAAAGGAUGUAGUCAAUCUGAUUUCGGUGUUGACCAUCUGGUGAAGUUCCUGUAUAAAGCUGUCUUUUAGGUUGUUGGAAGAGAAUGUUUGUUAUGCACAGGAUCCUGUGCUCCAAACUCCAGCGAAAGUGGAGGGCUGAGUGUAGUCUUUAAACACAUCCACACAACCCAAGUUAUUUUCUCUGGCAACCUCAUUUGUUCUUCUCUUCGGGAGAGGAGAAGAGGGACAUUCUGGAAUGCAAGCACUAGAGGCCCCACCAGUUCUCCCAGUCCUCUCACUUUGAGUUUCAUUUGAGAGAAGAGGUGGACGUAUCUUCAUCCAGACUGAAGGCAGCCUAGAAGCGCAGAACCAAGAUGGAAGGGCAAGAGCCAGCUGCCUCCCAGUUAGAAGUAUUUUCUUCUACUAUUAAGGAAGAGAACAAUAGAGCAUUCUGGGAGGACUCUUGGAGGAAAGACUGGGAGAGCAGUCCACUCCAUCCAGACCUUCAGGGCCAGCGCUUCCAGCAUUUCCGCUAUGAGGAGGCCUUGGGGCCCCGAGAGGUUUGCAGCUGCCUCCACUCUCUCUGCCGCCUGUGGCUGAUGCCAGAGCGACACUCCAAGGCGGAGAUGCUGGACCUGGUGCUCCUGGAGCAGUUCCUGGCCAUCCUUCCUGCGGAGAUGGAGCGCUGGGUGAGGGAAUGUGGGGCAGAGACCAGUUCCCAGGCCGUGGCUUUGGCUGAAGGAUUCCUCCUGAGUCGGGCAGAGGAGAGGAAGCAGGAGAAGCCCAAGGUACAGGACUCUUGUACAGAUGGGAUCAACCAGGUGGAGGAGUCUCCUUCAGACACCAUGUGCGUUGGCCAGAUUGGAGAAUCUAUCACAGUUGGCAGUGAAACGUGGCCAAGUGAUAGUAGCACAACUUUUCAUGAUUCUUUCCUAAGAAGAGAUUCUAUGGGAACAGAUCAGGUGACUUUUGAAGAUGUUUCUGUGGAUUUCUCAGAGAAAGAGUGGGCCCUCUUGGAUCCGAGCCAAAAAGCCUUGCAUCAGCAAAUCAUGGAGGAGAAUUUGGGAAUUGUGUCGUCUCUGGGAGAAAGGCCAUUGAAAUGGUUGCAGUGUAAAAAGAGUUUCAAUCAAAAGAAACGCCUUAUUCAUCAGGCAACUCACAAAAGAGAAAGGUCAUGUAGAUGCUUGCAAUGUGGACAGAGCUUCAGUCACAAGCACAACCUUAUUAGUCAUCAAGCAACUCACACUGGGGAGAAGCCAUUUAAAUGCUUGCAGUGUGAAAAGAUCUUCAGUCACAAGGACAACAUUAUUAGUCAUCAGGCAACACACACAGGGGAAAAGCCAUUUAAAUGCUUGCAGUGUGGAAAGGGCUUCAGUCACAAGCAUGUCCUUAUUAGUCAUCAGGCAACUCACACAGGAGUGAAACUAUUUCAAUGCUUGCAAUGUGGAAAGAGCUUCAGUGAAAAGAGAAGCCUUAUUCGUCAUCAGGCCACUCACACAGGAGUGAAGCCGUUUCGAUGCUUGCAGUGUGAAAAAAGCUUCAGUCAAAAGCAAAGCCUUAGCAGUCAUCAGGUAACUCAUACAGGAAUAAAGCAAUUUCAAUGCUUGCAGUGUGAAAAGAGCUUCAGUCACAAGCAUGUCCUUAUUAGUCAUCAGGCAACUCACACAGGAGUGAAACCAUUUAAAUGCUUGCAGUGUGAAAAGAGCUUCGGUCGCAAGAGCAUCCUUAUUCGUCAUCAGGCCACUCACACAGGAGUGAAGCCAUUUCAAUGCUUGCAGUGUGAAAAGAGCUUCAGUCAAAAGAGCAACCUUAUUAUUCAUCAGAAAACUCACACGGGAGAGAAGGCAUUUAAAUGCUUGCAGUGUGAAAACAGCUUCUAUCACAAGCAACAGCUUAUUAAGCAUCAGUCAACUCACAUAGGAGUGAAGCCUUUUCAAUGCUUGCAGUGUGAAAAGAGCUUCAGUCUAAAGGGAAGCCUUAUUAGUCAUCAGGCAAUUCACAAAGGAGUGAAGCCAUUUCAAUGCUUGCAGUGUGAAAAGGGCUUCAGUCAAAAGCAGCAACUUAUAUGUCACCAGGAAAAUCACAAAGGAGUGAAACCAUUUCAAUGCUUGCAGUGUGAAAAGAGCUUCAGUCAAAAGAGAAGCCUUAUUCGUCAUCAGGCCACUCACACAGGAGUGAGGCCGUUUCAAUGCUUGCAGUGUGAAAAGAGCUUCAGUCAAAAGCAAAGCCUUAUUAGUCAUCAGGUAACUCAUACAGGAGUAAAGCCAUUUCAAUGCUUGCAGUGUGAAAAGGGCUUUAGUCACAAGCAAAGCCUUAUUAGUCAUCAGGCAACUCACACAGGAGUGAAACCAUUUAAAUGUUUGCGGUGUGAAAAGAGCUUCAGUCGCAAGAGCAUCCUUAUUCGUCAUCAGGCCACUCACACGGGAGUGAAGCCAUUUAAAUGCUUGCGGUGUGAAAAGAGCUUCAGUCAAAAGAACAACCUUAUUAGUCAUCAGAAAACUCACACAGGAGAGAAGCCAUUUAAAUGCUUGCAAUGUGAAAAGAGCUUCUGUCACAAGCAACAGCUUACUAAGCAUCAGUCAACUCACAUAGGAGUGAAGCCUUUUAAAUGCUAGUAAUGUGAAAAGAACUUCAGUCUAAAGGGAAGCCUUAUUAGUCAUCAGGCAAAUCACAAAGAAGUGACGCCAUUUUAAAAGCUUGCAGUGUGAAAAACCUUCAGUCAAAAGCACCAAUUUAUAUGUCACCAGGAAAAUCACAAAGUAGUGAAGCCAUUUAAAUGCUUGCAGUGUGAAAAGAGCUUCUGUCACAAGCAAUAGCUUAAUUAAGCAUCGGUCAACUCACAUAGGAGUGAAGCCAUUUAAACGCUUGCAAUGUGAAAAGGGCUUCAAUCACAAGUAUGUACUUAUUUGUCAUCAGGCAACACACAGGAGUAAAGCCAUUUAAAUGUUUGCAGUGUGAAAAAAGAGGUUUAGUGAAAAGACAAGCCUUAUUUGUCAUCAGGCCACUCGCACAGGAGUGAACCGUUUCAAUGCUUACAGUGUAAAAAGAGCUUCAGUCAGAAGCACAUCCUUAUUUGUCAUCAGGCCACUCACACAUGAGUGAAGCCAUUUCAAUGCUUGCAGUGUGAAAAGGCCUACAGUCACAAGAGCAACUUUAUUAGUCAUCUGGAAACUUGCACAGGAGAGAAGCCUUUUAAAUGUUUGCAGUGUGAAAAGAGCUUCAGCAAAGAGAGAAACCUUAUUAGUCAUCAGAAAACUCACACAGGAGAGAAGCCAUUUAAUGCUCAGUGUGAAAAGAGUUUCAAUCAGAAAACAUACCUUGUUUGUCUUCAAGCAACUCACAGCAGAGAGAAACUAGAGUGUGGAAAGAUCUGCAGUUGAAACACAAGCCUUCUUUUUUCAUUGUCAACCCAUACGGAAUAAAUGGGGUAAAGGGAAGUUCCUUUGUUUUAUAUCAGAGGGGGCAUGGAUCUGUGUUACAGAAACACUCAGUUAAAAAGCCAUGGCUUUUGGGGAAAAUAAUAAUCUGACCAAUAUUGCAUUAAGCAUAAGUGAUAAUAUUUUGAAAGCAAAAGGAGGGAUAUUUCAGGUUUUCUUUUACCCGUUCAUGAACAUUGGUUACUGCAAAUAUUUCCUGUCUUGUAUAUUCAGGGUUAAAAAUACAUUUAAUUAAGAUGUUUGAUUCGAAGUGUGGGAAUGGGUUUAAUUAAUUACUAACAGCCCCGUGUUUCAUGUAAUUAUAUGUAUGUGGGACUGAAUUGUAUGAAAUAACUAUGAAAGAAUCACUGAUAAAUGGUUUUCUAUCUAUUCAUGCAUACUGGUUACUGCGAAUGUUUCUUGUCCUAUCUAUAACAUAUCAAUAAUAAUAAAUCUAUUAAAGAUA